CGGGCAGGCGCCUUCUGCAUAACCCUGUCUCGAUGUCCCCAUGGUGCGUCUGGAAGGGCGCGCGCGUGCGUUCCUCGCCUAUGUGGGGCUGCCCAUGACCUACAGCUGAUGCCGGCAUCAUUUCACAGAUAUCAAUGGAAAAGAGACAUCGUAUUAAGUUUCGUUGGGACCGAUUCUUGUCUCAGAUCCGUUGGCUGAUACAGGGGAAACUGGCAACACAUUUCCAAAUCAUGUGAGGGCCUUAGUUUAUGUGCCAGUCACAUAUUUGAUUACGAAAUGCACUGUAGCCCAUAUUUCAAAGGUCACAGUCCUCCUAUUGAAAGCAUCUUGAAAACCAUGGUUUAUAGUCCAGAAUAUCCACAACAUGGAAGCUUUCAAGAUCUGGUCUGUUCUAGCUGUACUUUGCAGUUUUUGCCGUAAAGGUACACCAUGUGGCUUGUCAACACAUAUUGAAAUAGCUCACAGAGCUCUGGAAUUUUUCAGCAGCCCAGAAGGAAAUGUUAACUAUCGCAAGUUGAUACUAACACACCAAGAUGCCUAUCAGGCUGGAAGCCUGUAUCCUGAUGCCUUUUAUUCUGGUAUCUGCAGGAAUGGGCUGUUCCGUCAAGUAUCUGAAGACACUCACUGGGCACCUUUUCUCAGUACCAGUGUCCAUUACAUCAGAAAGAACUAUCCUCAGCCCUGGGGAGAGGCCACAGAGAAACUGGUGGCUUUCCUCUUUGGAAUCGCUUCUCAUAUGGUGGCAGACGUGAGUUGGCAUAGCUUGGGGAUUGAACAAGGAUUUUUACAUGCCAUGGCAGCUAUUGAUUUUUAUGGCUCAUAUUCAGAUGCUCACGCUGCUGGUGAUUUUGGAGGAGACGUGCUGAGCCAGUUUGAGCUUGAUUUUAGUUAUUUGGAACCAAGCUGGUAUGUGCCAGUCAAAGAUUUACUGUCAAUCUACCAGGAACUUUAUGGGCUGAAAGUAAUAACUGAAGACACAAUUGUUGACUGCACGUAUCUGCAGUUUCUUGAAGUGUUUGGCGAAAUGAUCACUGUCGCCAAGCUUUACCCCAUUUAUGCCAGGAAGUCCUCAUUUUUGGUGAACAAAUUCCAUGAAUAUUUUCUCGGUGGUGUGGAUGAUAUGGCAUUCUCAUCAAAUAACAUUUUUGAGCAAACAAGUCAAAUGUUAGAGAAUGGAACAAGUGGCUGCUUUAUUCCUGAGAAUCCUUUGUAUAUACGCUGUAAAGAUGAACAAACAAAUGCUGUCAUCAGAAUCAAACAGUCCAGAACUGAACACUACAGACAAACGACUUCUUCAAUGGCCAAAUCAGUUGAAAAAAAUAUCAGCUACACAGAGCGAGGAGUUUAUUUUGAAGUGCCACCUUGGACAGCAAAUUAUCUUCAGUUGAGCAAUAGUGCCACUGCAAAAGGUUUGAGGAGAGUGUUGUCAGUGACGACACAAGGGUCACCGAAGCAUGUCACCAAACCCAGUGCUUCAUAUUUUCUGAAAACUCCAUAUGCUAGACUUGGGUGGGCGUUGAUUUCUGCUGACCUAAACCAGGAUGGCUACGAUGACCUGGUAGCAGGAGCGCCAGGAUACAGCCGGCUGGGACACAUUCAGAUAGGCCGUGUAUAUAUUGUUUAUGGUAACGAAUCAGGUUUGCCUCAUGCAAACUUGGACCUAGACCAGGAAGCAGAUUGCAUUCUGGAGGGGAAUAAGCCUUCAGCAAGGUUUGGUUCUGCAGUAGCAGUUCUAGAUUUCAACAAAGAUGGUGUGUUGGAUCUAGCAGUGGGAGCCCCGUCUGUAGGAUCACAGGAACUCAGUUACAGGGGCUCUGUAUAUGUAUUUUUUGGCAAUAGAGGACAAGGUUUCCACAGCCUACCAAAUGUCACCAUAGCUUGUCAAGAAAUAUACUGUAACCUUGGCUGGUCACUGCUGGCAGCUGACCUUGAUGGCGAUGGAAACAAGGAUCUCGUGGUUGGUUCUCCUUACGCAUCUGGUGGUGGGAAACAAAGAGGAUUUGUGGCUUCGUUUUAUUCGUUUCUCAAUAGAAGCAGCCAAGACCAGCUGUUCCUAACAGAUGCUGACUGGAUAGUAAAAGGAGAAAAGGAUUAUGCGUGGUUUGGAUCAUCACUCAGCAGUGUCCAACUUCAAAAUACAACCUUGCUGCUUAUUGGCAGUCCUUCUUGGAAAAGCUGUAAAAGUAGUCUAAGCUGCUAUGUCUUACGAGAUACCAAGAUGACUGUUGGAAAGGUAUACGGCUAUAUCCCACCAAGCACGCAGAGCUGGUUUACCUUAACCGGAGACAAGGAAAUGGGGAGACUUGGUUCAUCCUUGGCCACCGGCUUCCUUUCUGUAGAAGGAAUCCCUAGGCAAGUGUUGGUAGUUGGUGCACCAUCACAAGACAGCACAUCUAGGAUUGCAUUUAUAAGCUCAGUGCUACACCAAGCAGGAACUGCUUUGAUCUAUGAUUUGAGGGACCCUGUCAAGCCAUUUCUGCUGAGCACUUUCAGCGGGGACAGGAGAUUUUCACGCUUCGGAGGAGAUGUGCACCUACGUGACCUAAACAAUGAUGGACUUGAUGAGAUCAUUGUGACCUCACCUCUUCGAGCAAAAGACAUCUUAUCUGGGCUGUUUGGAGGAGAGGCUGCGCGUGUUUACAUAUUUAGUGGAAACCAGACCACCUCUGGACAUGUGACAGACAACUGCAAAUCAUGGACUUCACCUUGUCCUGAAGACUGGGCGCAGUAUGUCAUCAUUUCUCCUGAGGAAAAAUCAAGAUUUGGGAGUGCUGUGAUCACAGUGAAAUCUGGAGAAAAGACUGAAGUUGUAGUAGCAGGUGAGAGAAGCUCCCUAGAAGCUCGGCUAAGCGGCAGACUUUUUCUCUACACCUUUUAAUUGCCAUGCUUCCCCACCAAGCCUCUUUUCAGC